AUGGUAACCCUGUUCCCGUACACUCGGACGUGGUGGAACGGGGGCAACAUCGCCGACAAGAAGGUGGAGAACAUGACCUACAUGAACGGCAUCGAUGUCUUUAUGGUCGAGGCGGCCGAGAAACUCAAGGACCUGAGGGACAUUGUCCAGGAAAGGCAACUGGGCGGCAACCUCGUGCCACCUGCUGACGACGAGGAGGAACCGCUUCCCAAGCGCCAGAAGAGACCAGCGCACCAGAUGUACCCCUUCGCCUGUCCAUUUUACAGGCGAAACAAGGACCUGUACUCAGCAUGUCUUGAGGACGAGGAGAAUCAGGUCGGCGACAUCGACGACAUCUAUCGACAUGUGACAAGAAAACAUCGUGCACCAGAUCAUUAUUGCCCUUGUUGUGGCGUCUCCUUUGACAAUAGAGCCAGCUGUGACGAGCAUAUCCGGGGCAGGACGUGUGAAGCGAUAUAUCCUGCCCCAAGUUUUCAAGGCCUGACGAGCCAGAUGCGGGUGCAAUUAGACCAGGAAUUCAACAUGCCCACAACAGGGAGGGAUGACGACGAGAAAUGGUUUCGAGUGUUCAAUUUCCUAUUUCCGACAGAGCGCAGUCAGGGAAUAUCUCCAUAUCUCGACGCCGACGAGGUCCGCACCAAGACGUUGCUCUCUCUCAAGGUCUAUAUUAGCGAGCGCGGGGGUCACGACACGAGGAACGCAAUGACCACGAUGAUUGACGAAUUCUCAGAGCAAAGCCUGUUACACUCGGCGUCCCUUGGGGGCGUGAUAACAAUUGCUGACAGCAAUGUUGGCGCAUCAUCGGCUGCGAAGCCUGGACAACAUGUGGACGAAGACGCAAGAGCCAACGCAGCUACCACAACAGCUAUACGGGCCAUUUCCACUACUUUUAGACCGCCAAUAAGCGAGUCUCCUUGGGCCUCAUCCCUACCCACUGGAGGUAGCAGCACGCAGGCGCGUGUUGACUAUGACUAA